AUGAGCAGGCAGGCCCAGCGCAUCUUCCGCAGCGCCAGCGGCAUCCACCCUCGCGGCAAGAUGCGGGGCGGUUUUGCAAACGCAAUACUUGAAGAGGGGGAGUUCGGGGCCCGGAGCCACCGCGCAGCAGCUCACGGGAAGCAGCUGGGGCCCAGCCGGCUGCACUACGUGGGUUUCGCCGUGGCCACCGUGCUGAUCUACACGAUCAUCUGCAGAUCUCUGGCGGCUUCUUCCGAAGGCCUGCGGCUGCAGCACGGGUUCGGGGAGGACCUGUGGCUGCCCUACAGCAGCGCGUCGGCGCUGGAGAGGCGGCGGGAGCAGCAGCAGCAGCAGCAGCAGCAGGAGCGGGGGGGCGCGGCGGAGGGCGUUUCGUCCUGGGAGGAAGCAGGAGAGUCCUCCUCCGGGGGAGCUGCUGCUGCUGCUGCUGCUGCUGCGGAGCCGAGCUCGCCGUCAGACCCUCCUUGGGACUACGACUCGUGGGGUUUGCCGUCUCUGGAGCAGUUUGAAAAGACUUUGUCUCCGGAGCUGCGGCGGCAGAAAGCAGCAAUUGCAAGUUUCGCUGCGCGGUUUGUGCAGCAGCCGCGGGUGCCGUCGCGGCGGGAGCUGGCGUGCGCGAGCAGCGUGGCGAAGGCAAUUUCGAAAGGAACUUCAAACAAACUAAUUGGAAUGGUGCUUCCGCUGCAGCACGUGGCGCCGAUAAGCAGCAUGGCGAAGCAGCAGCACGUGCCGCGUCUCGUGCGGAUCUGCAAAGUCCUGGGGGAGGGCUUUUCAACUUUGGCGGUGGAGGUGGAGGACCUGGAGGCCGGGGGCGUGCUGGUGAUGCGCAUUCGCAAGUACCACAAAGACGCAGUUCGGAAGUUUGAAAAUUCGGAAGUUUUGUUUCUGGAAGUGAAGAGCGAGAUGGUGGCGGAGGAAGACGCGGUGCGGCAGGCCUGCGGCAACGUGCCUGCGGACUUGGUGGCUGCGAAGAAAGGCUUCGCCGUGCCGCUUUUCACCGCGGAAAUUGCAAGUUCUCCGGAGUUUUCAGUUUCCGAAGACCACUACGUGUUCGGGCACGUGGAGUUGAUGGAAAAGAUGUGCGGAUCGCUGGCGGAUCUGCAGAAACAAGACAGCGGCGCGCUGCAGCAGAGCCGCGACUACGUGGCGCAGCGGCUGCUGCAGCUGGUGCUCAAGGUGCAGCAGUGCGGCCUCAGCCACAACGACUUGAAGUGGGCCAACGUUUUGCUGCAGCCCGACGGCGCCUUCUGCCUCAGCGACUUCGGCUCCAGCGUGGCCUUCGGCCGCGCCUUCGGCAGCCUCACAGCCACCACUCCGCAGUACCAGGAGCCGCAGCAGGCGCUGCGGCCCUCCGCCCCCUACGAGGACCCCUACACGAUGGCGCAUGCAAACAGCGACUUGUGGUCUUUGGGGGUGCUGCUCUUCGAGCUCUUCACCGGCAGCGGGGCCCCCUACGGCCAGGGGGCCCCCAAGAGCCCCCGCGCCCGGGCCAGGGACCUCGCCGAGAGGCUUCUCAAGCAAAAGGUCCGUUCAGAUGUGCUUUGGCCCAAACUCGCUGCAGCCAAAGUCCCCCACAGGUGGGCCCAGCUCAUCGCCAGGCUCCUCGAGCCCAACAAGGCCCACAGGAUCACGGCCUGGCAGAUCCUCGAGGAGUUCCCAGACCUCACGCACCACGUCCCGGAGUGA